AUGGAGCCAGUUGCGUCUCUGUAUUUUUCCCUGCCAGGCUUCCUUCUCUUCUUCCACUUCCUCAGCUCGUUUGCACCGGUCUCAGUCCAGUUUACUGUCCUGGGACCAGCUGAUCCAAUCCUGGCCAUGGUGGGAGAAGAUGCCACGUUACGCUGCCGCCUGUCACCUGAGAAAAACGCCGAGGACAUGGAGGUGCGGUGGUUCCGGACACAGUUUUCCCCUGCGGUGUUCGUGUACAAGGGCAGGCGGGAGAGAACAGAGGAGCAGAUGGAGGAAUACCGGGGAAGGACAACUUUUGUGAGCGAAGAUAUCAGCAAGGGGAGUGUGGGGCUGAUCAUACACAACGUCACCGCCCACGAAAACGGCAUCUACCGCUGUUAUUUUCAAGAAGGCAGAUCUUACGAUGAGGCCAUCGUGCUCCUGACAGUGGCAGGUCUGGGCUCAAAACCUGUUGUUGAAAUGAAGGGCCACGAGGAUGGAGGCAUCCGGCUGGAAUGUACAUCAGCAGGGUGGUACCCAAAGCCCCAUGCUGUGUGGAGGGACCCUCAUGGUGAGACCAUGCCCCCCCUGGAAGAGGCCUACACUGUGAGUGCAGAUGGGCUCUUCCUGGUCACCGUGGCUGUGAUCAUCAGGGACCAUUCGGUGAGGAACUUGUCCUGCUCUGUCAGCAACACCCUGCUCAACCAGGAGAAGGAAACUGUGAUUUUCAUUCCAGAAUCCUUUAUUCCCAGAACAUCUCCCUGGAUGGUGGCCCUGGCUGUCAUCCUGCCCUCUCUGCUUCUCCUCAUUGCUGGGAGCAUCUAUCUCAUCAAGAAGCUCCAGCUGGAAAAAAAGAUUCUGUCCAUGCAAAAAGAGGCUGAAAAUGAAGAGAAAGAAAUUGCACAUAAGGAACUGGAGAAACAACGUGAGGAAAAAGAGAAAGAACUCCAAACAAAAGAGCAACUUCAAGAAGAAUUGCGAUGGAGAAGAAGCCUCUUACAUGCGGCUGAUGUGGUCCUGGACCCAGACACCUCUCAUCCCGAGCUCUUCCUGUCAGAGGACCGGAGAAGUGUGAGAAGGGGCCCUUCCAGGCAGAGCGUGCCUGACAACCCGGAGAGAUUCGAUUGCCGGCCUUGUGUCCUGGGCCUGGAGAGCUACUCCUCAGGGAGACAUUACUGGGAGGUAGAAGUCAAAAACGUGAUGGUGUGGGCUGUGGGGGUUUGUAGAGACAAUGUUGAGCGGAAAGGGGAGGCCCUCCUGGUUCCUCAGAACGGCUUCUGGACCCUGGAGAUGUUUGAGAACCAGUACCGCGCCCUCUCCUCCCCAGAGAAGAUUCUCCCCCUGAAGGAGCGCCUUCACCGGGUGGGCGUCUUCCUGGACUACGAAGCUGGAGAUGUGUCCUUCUAUAACAUGAUGGACAGGUCACACAUCUACACAUGUCCACGUUCACCCUUCUCUGGGCCCCUGAGGCCCUUCUUCAGACUGGGUUCUGAUGACAGCGCCCUCUGUAUCUGUCCAUCGUUUAGAGGGGCCCAAGGGGUCACAGUGCCUGAGGGGGGCCUGGUCCUUCACAGGGCAGAGACCCACCACAACCGCCAAUUCCCUGGUCUCACAGCCAGGUAG